UGCCAGCUUCCGAUUGUUCUCUUGAGGGCUACAGAACCUUGUGACUGACCAUGACAGCAGGCCUGGAGAAAGCGUGCCAUCAAUGCAUCUCAAAAAUUGCCAGCAAUGCUUGCCUCAUUUUUGGACUCCUGAAUUUCCUAGCAUUGCCACUAUCUAUGGCUUUUAUAGGAAUGAAGUUUUUAGAUGCCUGUCCAGUCCAACCGCUAAUUCCCUUAUACCUGCUUGUGGGUGGUGUGAUUGGCAGUUUGAAGAUCGCUCUUCUGCUCUUUGACUCUACCAGGAUGAGGCAGCUACUUUCUAAAUCAGUCAUGAUUGACGACGACGACGAUGACGAAUAUCCGUGGAGGCAGAAUGCUCACAAAUAUUACAUUCACCUGACCCUCAGCCUCUUCCUCUUCCUCUGGUUCAUUCUGGGGAACUACUGGGUGUUUUCUGUUUACCUGCCUAAUUUCAUCCCACCUUUCAAUCACCCACAAGAUUACUGUGAUAAAACGCUCUACAUUUUUGCAGUCGGGGUGCUCCUCCUCAGCCACACAGUGCUGGUCCUGCUGAUCUUCUGCAGCUGCUGCAUCUAUUGCUUUUCCAAGCAACACUACGCUGCAGAGGAGGAUUAAAUUUGUUAGAAAGAUGGGGACAGGAUAAGAGCAGGC